AUGCUGACGACAAAUACCUCGCGACAAAAAGAUAAGAAGGAUAACAAAGUCUGGAUAUUGACGAUAGUUUUUUCCCCGUGCAAAGCUAUUGAGAAUUCUAUUGACUGUCGCGGCUUCGUUUCUAAGAAUCUUGCCAAAGGAGCAAUGAAAAGAGAAGCAUGGCGUCUAUACAAAAAUUCAAAAAUUAUCCAAGGAGCUGAUGACAAAUACUUUAAUGCUAAAUCGAGAGAGGUACAAUUUGGAGAAUCUUUGGGAGAUGAUGAUUAUAGAAGAGAGUUCGGUUUCUGCACAAUUAAACCUCUCAAACUGGAAAAUGAGGAAAGUGGAGAUGAAAUGCCAUCUGGGAUGGACAUAUAA